UCUGCUGCUUCUCACUUUUGGGAGUUCAUAGCUAGUACAGUUCUGAAAGUCAUUUUCCCUUACCCUGACACUUUGGGCCACAUAGUCCUAUUCUGGUCUCCUGAAGCUUCCCUGUUAAGGAUGGCUGGUCAACUGACUCAAAGAAUUGCUCUCUCCCUGCUGCUCUUCCUAACACCAGCAGUGCUAUCAACAUGGUAUGCAGGCUCAGGCCACUAUCCAGACGAAAGCUACAAUGAAGUGUAUGCAGAAGAGGUCCCAGCUGCCCGCACCCUGGACUACAGAGUCCCCCGAUGGUGUUAUACAAUGAAUAUCCAGGAUGGAGAAGCCACAUGCUACUCACCAAGGGGAGGAAAUUAUCACAGCAGCCUAGGCACACGUUGUGAGCUGUCCUGUGACCGGGGCUUUCGACUGAUUGGACGGAGGUCGGUGCAAUGCUUGCCAAGCCGUCGUUGGUCUGGAACUGCCUACUGCAGGCAGAUGAGAUGCCAUGCACUGCCAUUCAUCACUAGCGGCACCUACACCUGCACAAAUGGGGUGCUGCUUGAUUCCCGCUGUGACUACAGCUGUUCCAGUGGCUACCACCUAGAAGGUGAUCGCAGCCGCAUCUGCAUGGAAGAUGGACGAUGGAGUGGAGGAGAGCCUGUAUGUGUAGACAUAGAUCCACCCAAGAUCCGUUGUCCUCAUUCCCGUGAGAAGAUGGCAGAGCCAGAGAAAUUAACUGCUCGAGUAUACUGGGACCCACCCUUGGUGAAAGAUUCUGCUGAUGGUACCAUCACCAGGGUGACACUUCGGGGCCCAGAGCCUGGUUCUCACUUCCCUGAAGGAGAGCAUGUGAUUCGUUACACUGCCUAUGACCGAGCCUACAAUCGGGCCAGCUGCAAGUUCAUUGUAAAAGUACAAGUGAGACGCUGUCCAAUUCUGAAACCACCCCAGCACGGCUACCUCACCUGCACCUCCGCAGGGGACAACUAUGGUGCCACCUGUGAAUACCACUGUGAUGGUGGUUAUGAACGCCAGGGCACCCCAUCCCGAGUCUGCCAAUCAAGUCGACAGUGGUCGGGAUCACCACCUAUCUGUACUCCUAUGAAGAUUAAUGUCAAUGUCAACUCAGCUGCUGGCCUCCUGGAUCAGUUCUUUGAGAAACAGCGACUCCUCAUAGUCUCAGCUCCUGAUCCCUCCAAUCGAUACUACAAAAUGCAGAUCUCCAUGCUGCAGCAAUCCACCUGUGGACUAGACCUGCGGCAUGUGACCAUCAUUGAGCUGGUGGGGCAGCCACCUCAGGAGGUGGGGCGCAUCCGGGAGCAACAACUAUCAGGCAGCAUCAUUGAGGAGCUCAGGCAAUUCCAGCGCCUCACUCGUUCCUACUUCAACAUGGUGUUAAUUGACAAGCAGGGUAUUGACCGGGAACGCUACAUGGAACCUGUCACCCCUGAGGAAAUCUUCACCUUCAUCGACGACUACCUGCUGAGCAACCAGGAGCUGGCACAGCGAAGAGAGCAAAGGGAUGUGUGCGAGUGACCCUGAGCCAGGCUGUGCCUGAGGUCAAGUGCACAACUGUCCUAGGUAGCUUCAACUGAGGAGGAAAUGUUUUCCCAGUGUUGGGAGCAGGACUCCAGUGGGGGUGAGGUUUGCCAAAUCCAGGACAGUUCCAGACAUCAUUUUAGGGCAGAAUAUUUGUUUCCCUCAGCAAGGCUCCACUUCAGUAGCACUGGAAAAGCAUAUGAGAGUAGGUAAGGGACUGAGGCCAGGCAGUGGUUUGCGGGUAGAUGGUCUUCUCUGAUUAGAGCCUCUGCCGAGCUCGCCAAAGUCAUUGAGAUAAGUAAAUCCUAAAUUCAUUCAUUUACUGUGGUGGAAAUGGUUCCUUUACUCUACGGUGACAGCAGAGGGCAGCACAACAAGAGACAAGCAGGACACUCUAAACACUAUAAAUAGAUCGCCUUACAGUUAAUUGUUUUAGGAGCAGGAGAGGGGUGACAGGGCUCUAUAAAACAUUCUUGAGGCUGACUGUCAUUUCCCUUUCCAGGACACUGGACUAAAAAUUGUUGCUGGAACCAUUGCUUCAUCAAGAGUUAGAAAAACAUUUUCUCCAGAGUUUGGGAAGCACCACCCAGCCAUAGCAGGAUGUUCCCUCCUAGCUGCUCCAAUUAGUUUGUUGGCAAGAACGUCUGCCUACUGAGGUCUUUAGUGCCCCUGAUGGUGGCCCUUCAUUAAAGGAUCCCCCAGUCUGUGAACUAGAUUACCUCUAGGAACUGGGGAAAUGACUCAGCUGGUAAAAUGCUUGCCAUGUAAGCAUUUGGACCUGAGUUUGAUCCCCAGAAGCCAUGUUAAAUAGCUAGAUGUGUGUGCACUUGGAAUCCCAGUGCAGAGGUAGAGAUAAACAGAUCUGUGGGGAUCCUGGUUAGGAAGCCUAAUCUAGUGGUGAGUACCAGGCCAGGUAAGAAACACUAUCUCAAGAAACAUGGUAGAGGGCCUGAGGAACACAACCCAAGACUGGCAUCUGGU